UACUUCUUUCGUAUUAUGGUGAACUUAACACCUCAUCACGCUGCAAACAUGUUACAACCUUCAUAUCCUGCAAAAUCAGAUGGACGUACAUUUAUAUUAGUUUUACCUUAAACGCUAUGUUGCUAUCCUCAGUCACCCAGCCAUACUGAGUUGUGAUUUGUGUAACGUUACGAUUUAGUUCUUCUUGUCUGAAUACUGCGCUGCCUGAAUGUCAGAGCUGGAGAUGCCAGCCAAAACACAUGGAGUUGGAGUCUUCUUAGAGCUGAGAAAAAGACUUCAGAGUGGGCUACUUAUUGUCGGGAAACAUGUAGCCAGCAGUCCUGCAGAUGUGGUUGUGACCGGUGGAGACUCUUCUCUCCACAUCCAAACUCCCAGAGGCGAGCUGAUCGUCACUUUACCGACAGGCGUCACCUUCGAGCAGGGAUCCUGCAUUCCGACGCCUACAGGAGAAUCCUGUGGAGAGGAGCUGCAUUUCAGACUGUGCAUUAAUGUCUCAAGAGGCAUGGAUGAAGAGGCUUCUGACAGUGUGAUGGAGACACUCCGGGCAAAAGAGACUUAUUGCUUCUACUGCCAGGGCUGCAUGACCAGGCUGCUCGAAGACAGAGAGUUUAAGCGAGUUCUCCCUCUCCCCAAUGGCAACUGGAACGCCAUUGUGGAUGACUGGUGUUGUCACCCUGAUCCAUUUGCAAACAAGAAGCUGCUACCCCGAGCAGAGGACUGUUUACUGGGUGACACCUUCCUCCUCUUAGCCAGAGAUGGCAGCUGUGAACAGACUCUGGCUGAGGAAGUGAGCCCUGUUGGCCCAGAGGACAGUCAGGAUCCGAAGAAGCCCUGCCGUCGACUGGCGCUCAUCUCCUGCAACAGCUGUUCAUCAGUGCUGGGAGAGGCUGUCGCGCCAGAGACCCUGAAACUGUACAUCACCCAGGUGGUGGUGGAGCCUGCUGUGGGAGACAGAAAGCCGGAAGCUUCACUUAAUAGAUCUCUCUUCCUGGAGAGGACUGUAGCAGCCAGGCUGUUGGCGCUGUCAAACUCACUGAGCACCUUCCACUUCUCUGUCCAGACUCCUGAUGGAAAAGCCUUCUUACUGCUCUGGCUGCUGAACAGCGACUCCAUCGCGGCGUCGGUCCCAGAAACGAGUGUCGGGGGUGAGAGGUGUAUCAGCUCGCCGGCUCUUCACAGUCCAUCACCCAGAGCUGCCAGAGCCCUGAAACUCCUCUACACCGCCUGCUCUCACACAGACACCGAGCAGAGAGACAUUGUUACUAGCUGGGAGGUCAAUGCCUUAGGACACCCUGUGGUGCUGCCGGUGAAGGUGUGUGAGGAGCUGCUGCAAGUGAUAGAUGACAGCAACUCGACGCUUCCUGCGUCUAUGCGCUGCAUGAAGUCCUAUGAGGUGGCGUACCUGAGACUGUGAGGUCAGAGGUCAGAUUCAAGGAGACCAAGGCUCCACUUGGUAAAGAAUUCAAGAGGACCUGGACCAGCUGAGACAGGAACCUUUGUCAACAUGUACAACAUGUGUGUCUAUGUUAUUCUUGCACAGGUUUCCAGUAAGUAUUAGAAUGGAUAUUACUGCGAGAUUGGCUUGUGGAAUCAAGUCAAGUUGUGGUUUGUGGUUGGUUCUGUCAACAAGUGUAUCAUCGCUUGGAAACAGAUUCAUGUGGAAACAGGUUUCUGCCUUUAAAUGUGAACACAUAUCCAGCAAAUGCAAAACUGGAAGAGAAUGACUAGAACAUCCAAAUUAUUUUUCGUAGAAUAGAUAGUUAGUUAAAUACACUGUAGUUGUUUUAUCAUUUUUAAUCUUAAUGUUAGCUCAAAAAGUAUCAUAAUCGUCGAAAAGCCUGUGUGUGUUUGUUCUUUUUGAAACUUUAUUUUGUAUUUUUCCUGCCUGUCUUGAUAAAAACAGAUUAAACUUUCUAGAAGUA